AUGCGAGCUUUGAAUUCGUGUGUUCUGCUCAUUGAUCUACACAGCUCGUGUUUCUCAAGUCACAAGCAAAUACCCAUCUCAUCCAAUCUAAUCUCAUCGUCAUUACGUCGAGCAGGUCGUGUGCAGAAGCGAGUCGCGCCGUCCAGGGUCUUGGCACCGUCGAUUCCGGCUCCGGAAAUUCGGAGGCCGUUUGAAUGGCGGGAGCAGACGGAAUUGUCCAAUUCGGCUUCGACGUCGCGGGUCACGGAGCUGGAGGCGUUCCUAGAGCUGCUGCCAUGGAGGAUGAGGAAGGAGCUGUUGGUACACCGGGAGAUUGGGAAUUUGAUUGAGGUGGUGAUGGACCUGGGCAGGAAGCCAUUAGCGAGGUUUCCUUCAGGCGAUUGGAUAAUAUUGGAACAGCCCGUGAGGGACCAGGAUCUAAAGCACGCAGUAUCGAAGGUUGGUGAUUUUUCAGAUGACAAUCGUUCGGGUAUUAAUAAUUCUUUACAUCGCAUAAGUGCCAUUCGGAACCGUAAGAUGCAAAUUAUUGGGCUCACUUGUCGGGUAGGUCGAACUGUAAGUGGCAGCGCUGCAAUCAUUCGUGACUUAGUUGAGGAUGGAGGUUCUAUUUUGGUCAUAGGUCCUCCUGGAGUGGGCAAAACAACCUUAAUCAGAGAAAUUGCGAGAAUGUUGGCAGACGAGCACAUGAAACGUGUUGUCAUUGUAGAUACAUCAAACGAGAUAGGAGGUGAUGGAGAUGUCCCUCAUGCAGGAAUAGGUCGUGCUAGGAGGAUGCAAGUUCCCAAUGUUAAUAUGCAGCAUAGUGUUAUGAUUGAGGCUGUGGAAAAUCAUAUGCCUGAGACCAUCAUAAUUGAUGAAAUUGGAACAGAGCUUGAAGCAUUAGCUGCCAGCACUAUUGCUCAGCGAGGAGUCCAGCUUGUAGGAACGGCACAUGGAGUAACGAUAGAGAAUGUAAUAAAGAAUCCUUCUCUACAGAUCCUUGUUGGUGGCAUAGAGAGCGUAACUCUCGGUGACGAGGAAGCAAAGAAAAGGAAAGUGCAGAAGACAAUUCUUGAAAGGAAGGGACCUCCUACGUUUACAUGUGCUCUUGAGAUGAUAUCUAGGACUGAGGUUCGUGUUCACCACAGAUUAGAUGCUACGGUCGACGCCAUACUAGCAGGAAAACCUCCUUUGUUCGAAAUUCGUCAAAUGGAUGCUGAAGAAGAUUGCUCUUCAGAUUCUACCCAAGUACUUCAAAAUAACUAUCCAGAAAAAUCUGGGUUGACAAUUAGAAGAGACAAAAUUGCUGAAAUAGAGUAUGAUGAGAAAGAUGAAGACCUCCAUCGUCUCUAUCGUCUCAUGAAGCAUGUCAGUGGUAUAUCUGUAAGCAAAAGGAGCUCUCCACUGAGUGUGUAUACUUGCGAGAUUCUUGAAGUCGAUCUGUUACAAGUGGUGGCAGUAAUGGGACUUGAGGACAAAAUAGGUGCAACCAAUGACCUUGAAACAGCCGAUGCAAUUCUAGCAUCCAGCUCUGAGUUGAAACAAAAUCAAUGGCUUCGUGGAGUAGCAAAGUUCUACCAGUUGCCCAUAUUUGCUAUCAAGUCAAAUACCAUGGCACAAAUGGUCAAGGCAGUUCGGAUGAUUCUUGGAAUGGAAUCCUUUAGCUCUACGUCGAAGCAGCCAGAAAUUUCCCAUGACAUUGAGGUCGAGGAAGAUGCACCUAAAAGAAAACCUACUCUUGAAGAGCUUGAUGCCUUAGAGGAGGUUCGACUUGCAAUUGAGUACAUUGUAAUUCCCGGUGGAGAGCCCGUGGAGCUUCUUCCUAGACGCUCUGACAUCAUUGCGCGGCAGCUUGAGCUUGUGAAGACUUAUCAGUUGGCUGCCGAAAACUCAGGUACUGAGCUUAGCCCGAGGUUGCAGAUUCUUCCCUUGAGAAUCAACAAGAAACAACCUUCUUCUAAAUCCGCGGCAUCUAGUUUACCAUCGGAAAAGGAAAAUGGCUCAAAAUCAUCAGUAACCAGUGGCAGUAUUGGCACAACUGUAACUAGACUGCCCCUCUUACCUGAAUAACAUGAUCAUGUGUGCAGUUGAAAUCUUUAUCAUUUUAUGUAUAUCAAUGUAAAUUAUGUAUCAUCUACGUUGUAAUUCUUUAAUCCCAUCAAAUGUAAAUUAUCAUUGUCCGAGCUACACAACAAUGAGGGAUCGUGUAUGGUGAUGGUUAUCUGAUGUGCAAUUAACAUCAGUAAAUUGGUUUUAUAA